AUGGUCACAAGUUCUUUGAUAGCAGGAUUUGGUGAUUCUCUCUGUCAAGGCAUGGAAUUAUAUAUUUCCAAAGAUUAGAAUAAGAAGUUCAAUUUUAAAAGAACCAGAACAUUUUUGAUUAUGGGUGGUCUAUAUGUUGCUCCAAUUCUUCAUUUACACUACUCUUAUGUGCUACCUUACUUCGUCCCAAAUAUAUGGGAAAUCAUUUCAAUAAGCGAAAGAUACAACUAUCACUUAUCAACCAGACCACUAGUCACAAAGAUGAUUACAAGUGGAGCAAUUGGAGCUUUUGGAGAUUUACUAUGCUAAACCUUUGAAAACAGAACUAAGAAAGAGAAAUCUUACAACUUACAGAGAACUAAGUCAUUUUUUUUGACUGGUACAUUCUUUAUCGCUCCUCUACUUCACUUGAGUUAUUCAAUUGUCUUGCCAAGGUUAGUUCCUGAACUUACUACAGUUGGUGCAAUUAAGAAAUUAGCUUUGGAUUAAUUAGUAUUUGCUCCAGUAGUUGUGACAAUGUUUUAUCCUGUCAUAAACUUCAUCGAAGGAAAACCAUUUUAGUAAUCGAUUGAAGAUCUCAAGAAUAAAUUCAUACCCACAAUGAUAACAAACUACAAGAUUUGGCCGCUGGCUAACUUUAUAAAUUUCACUUUUAUUCCUAUUUAAUACCAAGUGCUUUGGGCUAAUAUGAUCUCACUUUUAUUCAAUGCUUGUCUAUCAUUCAUCCAUAACAAUAAAUCAAUUGCUAAUUAGAGUAAUACUAAAGAAUAAUCUAAAGCAUUAGGCAAUAAUUCUGAUUGA